AUGGCACCAUCAGCAGUAUCGGAAACCGCUCCAUCGUCACCCCUUGCCGUCACCAAAUCACAGCCGGUCGAGAAAAAUGAGAAAGAAGUGACUCCUCUUGAGGCCAUCUCGCACGGAGAUGUCUUGCCUGACAUUCCUACCUUCCCAAGCUACACAGCAGAGCGAAGGCACAUCCUCAUUCACAUGGCAGCCGUCUUCAGAAACUGGUCUCGGAUGGGCUAUGCUGAGGGGCAGUCGGGGCACAUCUCCGUCCGCGACCCUGAGUUCCCCCAGAUAAUGUGGAUGAACCCUCUCUCCCGCCACUACGGCACCCUGACGGCCGGCGACAUGAUCCCGCUCGAGAUCGCCACAGGACGCGUCGUUGGAGGAAACCCAAACCCCGCAACCGGCAAAAUCACUUGCAACAAAGCCGGUUACUACAUCCACAGCGCCGUGCACAAGCGACGUCCAGAUAUCCACGCCAUAUGUCAUGCUCACACACACGCUGGGCGGGCGUGGUCCGUCUUUGCCAAGCCCCUUGAGAUGAUCACACAGGACGUUUGCAGUCUUUACAACUGCCACGCCGUCUACGCAGACUACGGUGGAAUCGUGUUCGCCUCCGACGAGGGCGAGCGAAUCGCAGAUGCGCUCGGGCAGCACAACAAGGGCGCCAUUCUCAUGAAUCACGGCCUGCUGAGUGUGGGAUAUACCGUGGACGAGGCCGGCUUCAUCUUCGGCCUGAUGGAGCGCAGCUGUGCCAUACAGCUGCAGGUCGAGGCUGCCUGCGCGAACGGACUGAAAAAGAAAUACAUUAGCGACGAGGAGGCGGCUUACAACUGCAAGAUGGCGAGCGAGAAGCACGCAAUGUACCGCGAGAUGCAGCCAGACAUAGAGCUGGAGCUCGAGGCCGCCGGUGGAGAGGAGGUGCUAGCGAAGGGGUUUGACAGCUUGAACGCGAGCAUUUCGUUGCCGUAG